CAAACCAAAAUGGCAACCAAGUGCGUGUGUGUUUCCGAUUAUCAGAUCGAAAAGACUAUUGGCAAGGGGAAUUUCGCGGUGGUCAAGCUCGCAACGCACACCAUAACCAAAUCCAAGGUUGCUAUUAAAAUAAUUGACAAAACUAAAAUAGAUGCAGAAAACCUGAGAAAAAUUUUACGGGAGAUAGAGAUCCUCAAGAAGCUGAGGCACCCAUAUGUCAUCCGCCUUUAUGAAGUUAUGGAAACAGAGCGCAAGAUCUUCCUGGUCACAGAAUACGCCAGCUACGGGGAGUUAUUUGACUAUGUUGUAAAUAAUGGGAGAAUGAUAGAAAAAGAAGCAAGAACCAAAUUCAUGCAGAUUGUUGCAGCACUGCGCUAUUGUCACAAACGUGGGAUUGUCCACAGAGAUCUCAAAGCAGAAAAUUUACUCUUAGAUAAAGAUCUUAAUAUCAAGCUGGCAGAUUUUGGCUUCAGUAAUUUCUAUACUCCUGGUGUCUUAUUAUCAACAUGGUGUGGCUCACCUCCUUAUGCUGCUCCAGAACUUUUUGAAGGCAAAGCAUAUGAUGGCCCAAAGGCAGAUAUAUGGAGUUUGGGAGUUAUAUUGUAUGUCCUGGUGUGUGGUUACCUGCCCUUUGAUGCAAAUACCCUGCAUACCCUACGGUCAAUUGUUGUAGCUGGGAAAUUUAGAAUACCUUUCUUCAUGUCUGCAGAAUGUGAGAAUCUGAUAACAAAGAUGCUGCAAGUGGAUCCAGACAGAAGAUUAAGUAUAGAGAGGAUAAUGCAACAUAAAUGGAUAACACAGGAAAGUCUUGAUCCAAGAAUUGAUGAAGUGUUACAACAUUACAAUACUCCAGAGAGUGACAAUCCUCCUCCUGACAAUGCUCAAGUAAUAGAGCACAUGACACACAAUAUUCCUAGCCUCGAUAGGGAGAAAAUCCUUCAGUCCGUGCAUGGGGCAAGGUUUGAUCGUAUUAGUGCCAUAUAUAAUCUUCUUGAGGAACAACUGAUAGAAUCAGCUGCAUCUUCCCCUUCGAUAGCCUUGUACCCACAGCCACUCCCAGUUGUUCCCACACAUCACAGAAAGUCAUCCAUUACCACAGGUUUUGUAGACAGAAGUCCAGUGUCAGACACUGAAGAACCUGCACAAGCUGUACCACUCUUCCCCUGUUCCCCUCUUCCUCCUAACCCAUCCAUUGCCUACGACCCUUUCCAGGCCUCUUCCUCUUUUGAGAAGUAUGGUGAGCCUGAUGUAAGUGGGGAAUCUGACAAUGAUGAACCCAACCAGCGGUCUGUGGAUCAGUAUCGGCACUCUAGGAGACACACAGUUGGUCCAGGAGACACUCAUCAUGAAGAGGUGAGAGGUCAGCUCCAGUUAUUUGGCCCCGGAGGAUGUGUUGUGGGCACCCACCAACAACCACCAGUGUCCAUCUUGCCUCAGACCAAUCUUCCACAGAACCUCCCUCUGGUGCAGGAUUUGCCUCCACAGAACUUCUCAACAAAAGAUCAGCAUCUGUUGAAACCACCUCCAUGCAUGGGUACUGGCAGUGGCUUAGGAAGACGUGCAUCAGAUGGAGGGGCCAAUCUACAAAUGUACUUCCAGCGGCAGUUUGAAGGAGGGUGGAGUCAUCCUAAUAGUCAAGAACAAAUUACACAGAUGGGACUUGGGGUAAGAGGGAUGGGUGGCCACUCGCAGCCUCUGCCUCAACAGGAAGACGAGCAAAUUGUUGUGCACAAAGAUGAGAUUGAUCCUUUAGACGUUGCUAAGUACAUAUCAGGCAGAGGUGGUAGUCAGAGAGCCACUUUGCCUCUGGUGGGACCAAAAGAUGUUCAGGAGGCCCAGAGAAAGAUGACGCCCAAUAGAUCACGGAGAACAGGCCUUCUCACUGUAACUGAAAGACCCCCUGUAAUAACUCCAGAACUAAGAAUGGAAGUAGAGGAACGUAUGAAAAGACCCUACGUUCCAUCUCAUCUUCAAGUGCUUUAUUCCAAUGCAUCAAUGGGGAAUACUCAGUUAAAUCCCAGCCAAGUCACAGGGGGCAUAACAACUGGCAUCCCUCCAUCAUCAAGUGCAAAUGCCACUAUUACACCAGGCAUCGUAUCAGGCAUUCCCCAUCCCCACACCCCCAAAAGACCUCCGAAUCCUAUUCAUCAACCGCACAACCUGUCGGGCCAUCCUUUCCUCAGCUACAGCUGCUGUUCCACAUCCCUUACAAUGUCCUCAUCCUCUCCUUCGUUUUGUUCUCAUGCGUCCUCGUAUUCCUCUCCUAAUUGUACAUCUUCUUCUUCCUCCUCAUCGUGUUCCUCGUCCUCUUCUUCCUAUUCCUCCUCCUCCACUACCCCAGGAAUAAUCUCAGGUAUCCCACCCCAUAACAACAACAACAUCAACAACAACAAUCCCAGGCCAAAACAUACGAGAAAGAGAAAGACCGGCCUUGCCACAGUCUUGGAAAAUAACAGGCUAGAUUCGUCAACGCCAGAUGAAACAGGUUGCGUCAUAGUGGGUAAUUAUUAUGGGCAUUGCUAGUAUUUUAAUGGGCCAGUAAAACAAAUUCCUUUUCAGACAGAGUUGGAGAAUGCUUUCUUUUGAAUGGAAGCUGGAUUAUAUCCAAUUUUGUGUAAAAUUUUUAGGAAAGUGUAAAUACUUAAAAAUUAUAUUAGUCAAUUAUGAUAUAUAUCUGAGCUCUUAUUUUGUCAAAUUUGGGAUUAUAUUUACAAUAUUUGUGAAAGGGUUUUAUAAAUGACUUGUGGAAUAAACUAUUUAGUGAAUUUCCCAUGCUAUUUAAGAAAUUAGGUAGAAAAAAGCUUCAAGCAGUUGUAUGUAGUUGAUGUGUAGCAUAUGAUAGUUGCAUAGACUAUGAAAACAGAUCUGUGAUAAUGGAAAGUGAUAUAGUUGUUUUAUGAAUAAGCUGCAUGAUAAUGUGAAUGAAAGCUUGGCUUUGCUUCAUUGGGCUCUGUCCAGUUCCCAUUGCUUGCUCUGUUGCCUUGCAGCACAUGUAUAUAAAUACCUGACAAAAAGCAUGAAGUGACAUUUAUUGGCCAGAGACUUUGUUGCAUUUUUAACGAGUUCACUGAUGGUAAUAUCAACAAUAAUGAUAGUAAUAAGAGAAAACGAAAACUUUUGUUAUGAUAUUCUGACUGUAAUUGUAUAUAAGAAGACCUUUUGAAAAUAAAGUUAAUCAUAAAUAAUUUUGGUCCAUUUGCAAAUGUGUAAUCAAAACCAAACUUUUUGCAAGUUAUGGCAUACAUAUAUUUAAUGUUAAAAUAUGAAGCAGAAGACAUUUGUUACUAUUUUUUUUGUGUGUGUGUAUGUGUUAGUAUACCUUUUUCAUGUGUAUGCUCAUCAUCAAUGUUUAACAGUUUUCUCACUUCAGGGAUAUUUGUGUGUGGAAAAGGACAUUUAAUGGUGCUUGUAGUUUCUAGUUGUCUAUUGUGGCCCUCGUUUAAUUAGAUUAUACAAACAUAAGUGUAUGAUUUUCAUGUAAACACUUGCUUACUCAGGCAUAUAUGGAUGGUUACACACUUUACUAUAUGCGUGUGCUUACACAUUCACAAGGUCAUGUAUGUGCACUUGCACUUAGACAUUAAAUGAAUACACAAUUUUGUGAUUACUUUUUAUCAACUUUAUCUGGAAUAGUGAUGCCUUAGUAGACAUUGGUGUUAUAUCAAGUUGUCUAUUUUGUUUUAUUUCUUUUCGAUGGAAUAUGUUCAUUUGGAUAUUCAUUGCCUCAUAAGAAAUGUAUAUAGUAUCUCAAAGUUUCUUGGGAACAUUAAUUUUCAAGUUUUUUAGUUGUAUGAAGAUAACUUGAGCUUCCCUUAUAAUCAUUGAAGGUCUUUACUGGUUAUAAGGACAUUUCAAAGCUCCCUAGAAAAGCACAUCAGAAUUUUGAAGGAAGCCAGACAAAGGAAUUGCAAUGAAUACCACUGCUGUCAUAGUCCAUAGGAAUAUAAGUAAAAGUCUUAUCUUAUACAAAAAAGGUUGUAGGUGUUCAAAAAAUAAACACAGUUCAUUAUAUUUGUCAUAGGGUGGCUUGAUAAGUGUUCAACAAAAUAAUUGAAUUGGGGACAAAGAAGUGUUUUAAGGUGUUACGAUAUCUGAAGAAGUAUUUAUUACUUCUUUAUCUUUACGUAUCAGUCCAUUAGCAGAUCUUCCAUGCCUUUGAGCUUGAAGAGAUAUGUAUUACAUUAAUAGAUUAAAGUUGAGAAAAAAGGUUAUGCUAAUAAGAUAAGCUUGGAGAGAAUGAAUGUCUGGGGUUUUCUGCAGUUACUGGAAAGUGCAGAGAGGUUUUAUUUACUAAUGAUAAUAUGACUCAAGUUAUGGCUUACGAAAAGAAUUAACUUUGAAUGAACACUCUCUCCAGAAUAGUAAGAGAGUAAUUUACAGUGUUAACACCACUGAAGUAAGGUCAGUCUUAACCCUUACACUGUUUUCCAAUUUCAAGCUUUCACUUCUGAACAGAGCAUAAUAAUUAAUGUUUUCGUGUAUGUAUACGACAUAUGGAAUAUAAAAUGGUAUGAGCCACUUAUUUUAGUAAAUAACUUUAUCAUUCAACAUUUUGAUUUUACUUUUGUCACUGAGCACUUUAUAGAAACAGUGAUUGGGUCAAGAGGACAUGGGUUAACGGUAACAGAGGACUGCAUGAAAUUUUAAACUGUAUGAAUGAAUGUCAAGAUAGCAGUGGUUUCCAAACUAGUUUUGUUGAGUAUAUGAUGGAAAAGUGCGGAGUCAGAUGGUUAUAUAUUUAAUAUUAAAGAAUGUUUCGAUAUUUACAGCAUUUUUCACAUUAUUCUAUUCUUAAGCCAGUGACAAUUUGUCUCUAUAAUUAUGUAACUGACUUUGAUAUUCAUUGGAAACUUUAAUAAUUUCAUUAUAUUCAAAAGUAUAGUUUAGUUAAUUUUUAAUAUUUUUUCUGGUAUGAUAUCAUUGAUUCUUAUUAGGGUGAAAGGUAUAGAGAGCUAAGUAAACAAUUUUGUUUAACCCCUUCACGACGGAUGACGCCCAUAGGUGUGAAAACAAACUGCUCGAAAUGUGGCGUGCGGCUGUACGCCGUGGUGGCGAGCCAAAGCGUGGCGAGCUGGUGAUUCGGCCUGAUGUACCGAACUCCUGCACUCAAAGUUGGCACGCUGCCAUUGAUCGCCAGAGCGUAGAGUUUUUUUUAGUUUUCUUCACCCGUCACCAUUGGGUUAAAACUGUCUAACUAUAUGAGAGCAUAUUACUUUUUUAACCCAUUGGAUCAGGAUGAUUCACUGCCAUCAUGUUGCCCAAAUAUAAGCAUUAGGCUUACAUGAGCAGCCAAUCUGAUGGGUGUGUGGCUUGCAGGCUGGGCAUACAUGAACACUUGUGCGCGGUGACAAGACUCUAUGGUUCCCCUUUGCAAUGUUUAUUUCCUUUUUUUCUACAUAAGCAUUUUUAUUAUUUUUGCCAUUUUCCAGUGUUUAUAUUUGUCAUUUGAUUUGAUUUAUCCAGAUGACAUUAAGCUAUAUGGAAAUUAACUAUAUCAAUAUGAUAUUAAACAAUAAGUAACAUAUUGUUUUUGGUGUAAUUUUAAAAUAUUUUUUGUAAUAUAAUUGUCCUCCCUGGAGCAGGUGCUCUUCCAGUCAUGGCUCAUGGACAGUACAUUCCACACUUGUUUAUUGAUUGGAAUAAUAUAAAAGCCCCUUCCUAAAUGUUUAUUUACCUAUGGCAAAUCUUUCCUGUCACUUAGGCCUUCAGGUGAAAUACUCAUGAUGCAAGUUUGUGUCACCUCAGCCCAUAGCCAAAUUUUUUCAUGAUGUGAUGGUCAUGUCAUCCUGAUCAUAGGGGUUAAGCAUAUAGGUAUGCUCUUAUGAAAUCAAUUUAUUGUUUAGGAAAUUGCCACUGUGAUUUUGGAAGCCACAGCUAAAUUGGGAAUGAUAAAGGCCUGACACUUACAAGAACAUGAUAAAGUUUAAAAAAGUAUGUUAAAAACUAAAAUGUAAUAAUGAAUUAAAAGGUCUUGAAUACUAAUGCAAGUACAGACUUAAAAAGUAGUGAAAUAGGUAAAAGAAGAAGAAAAAAAUGGCAGCCGCAUAGCAGCGAAGACAGGGAGAGGGAGAAAACAGCUAGAGACAGCAGUGUUUGAUUUUAACAGUGCAAGGCAUUAGUGAGAGACAUCAGCGUGAGGUAAAAUAUGAAUUUAAGAUUUGGUGUUGAAGCCAUCAGUCAAUUACAUAUUGCUUGAAAAUAUAGUUUAGAUGAUAAUAACCUGCAUGAUUUUAUCAGCUUAGGAAAUAUUGUUCUUUCAGUAUUAACUGUAAGGUGAGCUUAUAUAGAUGAUAUUUCCUGGAAAGGUAACUUUCAAGGUUAUUGUGUAUUCUACAUUAAGUAGUACAGAAUAUCUUUUCUCUAAGGAGCAUUUAGGGAAUUGAUAUAAAAAAAUAGAUUAUGUUAUUAUUCUCUAAAGUUGUCAACUUUACUUGAUUUGAUAAAUUGAUGUUGUCCUUAUUUAUUGUGUAUAGUAAAGAAGAAGAAAAAAUCUAAUGGUCAGAAUACUACUUAUAGCGUUUGUCCUGUAGUCUGCAUGAUAUAUUUCAGGGGUUCUGAUGCUGUAGCUGUGAAAGUAGAAUGCUGUUACGUGAUCAGUUAUUUUCUUUACUUUAAGAGUCAUAGUUAGAGUUGUUAUAUGAUAAGUUAAUUCCAGAUUCAAUGCAUAGGAUCAGGUACCUCAUAGUGAUAUAGAUUUUUAUUGAUAUCCCAAUGAGAUGGAAGAAUGUAUGUCAUCUUACUAGAUAUAUAUCAUAGUAGGCGUAAUUAGAAUAUGGUAUAUUGAAAAUAAGAAAUCUCAAGUAAUUCUGUCGGUGAAGAAGGUCUAUAAAAAGUCUGAAAUGUAAAUCUAGUC